AGACGCCCCCGCCCUCAGCGCGCGCCCGGUCCCUCGCACUUCAUCCGGGGUCCUGACUUCAGCGCCACAGCAAGAGGUAGAGGAGGAGUCCGGCGGGCCAGGCCCGGUGUGUGCAAUGGCCGAAGACACGGAGUGGGUGCUGGAGAGCGUGCUGGCCUUCCUCAGCUGCCCGGCCUGGACCGUGCCCGUCAGCGGCUUCAUAGAGCGCCAAUGCUCAGUGUUUGAUGAUGAAGAAGAGAAUAAGCUGUCGUACACAGAGAUUCACAAUGAAUACAAGAUACUGGUGGAAAAGCUCAUACAAGAACAUCUGAAUGACAUGGGGAUUAGUGAGGAGCAGUUUCAACAAGCAUGCUUAUCUCCCCUUGCCAAUUCACCAGACGUUAAGAUGAUCUUGCAAUCUGUGGUCGCUGUAGAAGACUUUGUGGUCUUUAAAGAAAUGAUGCUGCAGAAGAACAUAGAGCUUCAGUUGCAAGCAAUCCAGAUCAUCCAGCAAAAGAACGGUGACCUUCCAGAAUGCCUGAAAAAUGGUGCAGAUUUUAUUUCAGACCUUGAACAACAGGAAAUAAAAAUGAUCUCUGAAGCUUUAAGGAUAUCAAAGGAGGAAUACGAACAGGAACAGCUGCGCAGAAAGGAAAAAAGGGAAGCUAAUGUACAUAAAAAUUUCCCCAAAACGUCCUCACAAGAGAAAGUGACAACUCCAGCCCCUGAACAAGUCAAACCUCUUCAAAGCAUCAAGCCGUCCUUGAAAGAGGAGGAACUUCCAUACAAACAACUGUCUGCAAGAUUGAAAGAGCUUAGUAGCACAGAAGCUGCUGAGGCCUGGAUGGAGCAAGCCAGGAAAGAAGCAGGCAUACAGGGCGCUUUAACUAGCUUGUCGCAGGCAGAGAAGGAACAACUCCAAGAACGUGCAGAAUAUCUCAGGCAAAAAAGAGCAGAACUUUUAGCACGGAAAGGGGAAACUAAGAAGGGAACCCAAAAUACUGAGCAGAGCAAAGAAAAUGCAUCCUCCCCGAAUCAGCAAAAGCGGAUGACUGAAGAAGAACUGAAGAACUUACAGAAAAGAAAGCAACUUGCAGAAAAGCUUAAAGAGGAAGUAAUUCACAAGUGAAAAGUCGCCCUCUGCUUUGCAUAUUCUUCCAUUCAAUAGAUUGCCAAAGCUUUCCGUAUACACAUUGUUAGCCUUAAGGUGUUGUACCAAGUUUAAAAGUUACUCCCUAUCCACAGAAUAGGGGAUAAAUAUCUCAUUGGUAGGCUUCUAGGACCCCAUAGAACCUGAAAUUGAAUGGCAGGCAGGUUGAUUAUGCAUGUGCUGACGCUCCAUUCAUUUUCUGAGACUGCCGGAGAUAGCAAAGUGUUUGGACACCCACCGAUCAGCCAAUGAAGGGAUAACUUUUAAACUUGGCACAACCCCUUUAAAAAUACUUUGUUCUAGCCUCUAAAUACAUUUAAUUUGGAAAGAAAUGGAGCUUAUGAUGACAGGGAAAAAAAACGGACAUUUUUAAAGGCUGUUCCACAUGCAGACAUUUACAGCUUAUCCAUACCAUUAAUGUGUGAUAGGUAGGGGCCCCACCUCCAGGGAGAAUCCACAUUCCAUAAGGCCCCCCUCUUCAUUUGGUCUCCUGUACUGCCUAGUGCCAGAUGCCUCUCUUUCCUGUCCUCAAUGAACCCCAACAUAUGGGUCCCCUGACCUCUGUUAGGCCUCUACCUAUCAGACAUGUAGCCUGUGGAUAUGUCCUAAAUAUACAGUGAGAAAAUAUUUUUAAAAUUACAUUUUUGCUAAUAAUAAACUAUGAAAAAUGCCUUAUUUUCUUUUCUAUGGAAUAGACCAGGGAUGCUCAACCUGCGGCCCUCCAGCUGUUUAAUAACUACAACUUCCACCAUGCCCUGCUGUAGGCUGUCUGGGCAUUAUAGUUUUGCAACAGCUGGAGGGCCGCAGGUUGGGCAUCCCUGGAAUAGACAAAUGUUGCCAAAACAUGGAAGUGCACUUAAUAGGAGUUAAUGGACGUGAUUUCCUCUUGAAAGUAACGUUAGCAUUAGUUUGUCUGCUAAAACAAUCUCAUCAUUACUCAACCACAGAGUUGGAAUUUGCUUGCAGUUCCCCACAGUCGCUCUCCCUAUGACAACUCUUCCACCUGUCAAGUUUGUAUGGAUCCAAAUUCAUAUCCUGCUUAGUGUUAAGACCGUUGGUACUUGCUGGCCAGUUAUUACAUUGUAGUGAAUGGGUCAAUGUGCAGCAUUAAAAACCACCUGCAAAAUCUGUGACUGUAGCAGAAGUUUAGGUGUGACUUUGUAUAGUGGUGAAGCUUUUUCGCCACUAAUGUUAGUGAUUGGCCAGUCUUUAUCAUAAAGUGUGUAUUUAAAGAGCAUCUGUCAGUAGAUUUGUACCUAUAAAACUGGCUGACCUCUUGCAUGUUCGCUUGACAGCUGAAGGCAUCUCUGUUGUUCCCAUGGUCAUAUGUGCCCUCAUUGCUGAGAAAAAUGAUGUUUUAAUAUAUGCAAAUGAGCCUCUAGAAGCAAUGGGCUCAGCUUUCUCUGCAACUGCUCCGCCACGCCUGCAUAACUGAAACGGGACGGAUUUAUGAAUAUGCACCCCCUGUUCUUCAAGAAAGUCCCCUGAGAUUUUUGGCACCACACAUGUCAAUCUGAAGUGACUAGCCACAGAGAUGUGACUAGUUUCUCCCUGGUGUGACAGUCUCCUUCACACAGCCUCCUGAUGCAGGGAGAUCUUGCAACUUCUCGUGAGACCACGCUGUACCAUAGCUUCCAGUGGGACAGUGUCUCACUCAGACCGGAGUAAAAUGUAGUGAGAGAGAAGAGCCCAACCACCACUCUCUUUUUGUCAGAAAUUAUAUAUAUAAAAUCAGGUCCUCUUAAACAAAACAAAAAUAAAAUGUUCGUUACCCUGUAAUGCAAUAUAACUUAUACAAGUCUUUCCUACAUUACUGUAGUGAAUGACUGGUGUAAAUGAUAAUCUGCAUAUAUGGAUGUAAAUCAUACAUGAAUUCUUGCUGGUUUUAUUUAAUAGAUAUGUAUUUUUACAUUUUUAUUUUUGAUGACAGAUUAUAUAUGCACACAAGCAAUAAAUCUAAAGCAUACUGUAA